GGGGGGGGCCCUGAUUCCGGGCGUGCGCAGCCGCAGAGCGCCGCAGCCUCGCCAGCUCGCCCGGGCACUGCGCACUUGCCAGCCAGUUCGCCCGUCCGGAGCCCGGCUCGCUGGGGCAGCAUGGCGGGGUCGCCGCUGCUCUGGGGGCCGCGGGCCGGGGGCGUCGGCCUUUUGGUGCUGCUGCUGCUGGGCCUCUUUCAGCCGCCCUCCGCGCUCUGCGCGCGGCCGGUAAAGGUGCGACUCCAGUCCGGCGCGGGGUGGGGUUGGGGGAGGAUGCCACCGGCGAGGGUUGGAGUUGGGGCUGCGCCACCUCAUCCUCGCCCAAGCCGGCUCCCGGAGCCCCGCGGCCUAAGCGCAGCGUCGCCGCCCUUGGCUGAGACUGGCGAUCCCCGCCGCUUCCGGCGGUCAGUGCCCCGAGGUGAGGCGGCGGCGGGGGCGGUGCAGGAGCUAGCGCGGGCUCUGGCGCAUCUGCUGGAGGCCGAACGUCAGGAGAGGGCGCGGGCCGAGGCGCAGGAGGCUGAGGAUCAGCAGGCGCGCGUCCUGGCGCAGCUGCUGCGUGUUUGGGGCGCCCCCCGCAACUCUGACCCGGCUCUGGGCCUGGACGACGACCCCGACGCGCCUGCAGCGCAGCUAGCUCGCGCUCUGCUCCGCGCCCGCCUUGACCCUGCCGCCCUCGCAGCCCAGCUUGUCCCCGCGCCUGUCCCCGCCGCAGCGCUCAGACCCCGGCCCCCAGUCUACGACGACGGCCCCGCGGGCCCAGAUGCCGAGGAGGCAGGCGACGAGACACCCGACGUGGACCCCGAGCUGCUGAGGUACUUGCUGGGACGGAUUCUUGCCGGAAGCGCGGACUCCGAGGGGGUGGCAGCCCCGCGCCGCCUCCGCCGUGCCGCCGACCAGGAUGUGGGCUCCGACGUGCCCCCUGAGGGCGUGCUGGGGGCACUGCUGCGCGUGAAACGCCUAGAGACCCCGGCGCCCCAGGUGCCUGCACGCCGCCUCUUGCCACCCUGAGCACAGCCCGGAUCCCUUGCACCCUGGGACCCAGGAGUGCCCCCGCCAUCCCGCCACCAGGACUGCUCCCCGCCAGCACGUCCAGAGCAACUUACCCCGGCCAACCAGCCCUCCCACCCGAGGAUCCCUACCCCCGGCCCCACAAUAAACAUGAUCUGAAGCAGC